GACGUAGUUACGUGUUUACAAUAUUCUGAACAAUCAGAAGUAAAUGCAAGGGCGUAACUUUAGGUCUAUCAUUGGGGGGUUAAACUCGCGGCAUAUUUAUUUAUUUAUUGAAUCAUUUUGUUGUGUAAAAGCUAAACUAUUUAAGGCCACAAGAUGGCGGUACAAAGCAAUUGAGUUAAAUCUUGCAAGUAUCGAGGAUGUCGGGUCGAACCAGGGUCGAACCUUUGUGCAGUGCACGCUUGCUAUGCAGUUGCCAGCCAUACUGGCCCCCUCAAAGUCCAGACCUCAACCCCAUCAAGCAAAUAUGGGUUGAUGUAAGUGUUGACGGAGGGGAUCGUACUGGAGAUGGCAGCUCUGAUGACUUCAGGACUUUGGAUUGCAGCUCUCACCGUAGCAACUGUAUUGUGUGCAGAGGUGGAGGAGCGGUUGGUAAACUAUCUACUCUCUCCUGAUCGAUACAACAAACUGAUUCGACCAGCAAUCAACAAAAGCCAGCAGGUCACCAUUGCCAUCCAAGUGUCCCUUGCCCAGCUUAUCAGCGUGAAUGAGAGAGAGCAGAUUAUGACCACAAAUUGUUGGCUCACUCAGGUAUGGCAUGAUUAUCGGUUGAUGUGGGAUCCAGAAGAGUAUGAAGGAAUGAGAAAAGUUCGUCUUCCCUCGCGGCAUAUAUGGCUACCUGACAUUGUUCUGUACAACAAUGCUGAUGGGACAUAUGAGGUGUCUUUUUAUUCCAAUGCGGUUGUAUCAAACAAUGGUGAGGUUGCCUGGCUUCCACCAGCGAUCUAUAAGAGUGCCUGUAAAAUUGAAGUUCGGGACUUUCCCUUCGACCAGCAAAACUGCACGCUCAAGUUCCGUUCCUGGACGUAUGACCACACAGAAAUCGACCUCAUUUUGUUGUCGGACUUUGCAAGCCGAGAUGACUUCAAGCCAAGUGGAGAGUGGGAUAUUGUCUCCUUGCCUGGACGAAAAAACGAAGACCCUAAUGACGUCACAUAUUUGGAUAUAACGUACGAUUUUAUCAUCAGACGUAAACCGCUGUUUUACACCAUAAACCUCAUCAUCCCCUGUAUUCUUAUUACUUCACUGGCCAUCUUGGUGUUUUACCUCCCAUCAGACUGUGGGGAGAAAAUGACUCUGUGUAUCUCUGUUCUUCUGGCCCUAACUGUGUUCCUCUUACUGAUUUCCAAGAUAGUACCUCCGACCUCACUCGCCGUGCCCCUUAUUGGAAAGUACUUGAUGUUCACUAUGGUCUUGGUCACUUUCUCUAUAGUCACAAGCGUGUGUGUACUAAACGUGCACCAUCGAUCCCCAAGCACGCACACUAUGCCGAAAUGGGUCAAAUACUACUUCCUGGCACGUGUGCCUGGAUUACUAUUCAUGCGGCGACCAGGAGAGUCCAACAGACGGGAAAAAUUUCGCAGGAAGCACCAGCAUGGCUCCUUAUCUGAUCCACCAGCAAAACAUGAGGCAGACGAGUCGGCUUCCACCUACUUUGUGAAUGAAGAUUCUAGCAAGCAUAUUGGUUGGAGACCCAAUGAGUCGCAUGAAGGCACAAAGUUUCGUAAGCGGAUGGCAGUGAAGUGCUCUGCGGACAUGGAGGAUGCUGUGAAGGGCGUCAGAUACAUCGCUGACAAGUUGAAGAGUGAGGAUGAUGAUGAAGGGAUAAUCGAGGACUGGAAAUAUGUGGCCAUGGUGAUCGACCGAAUGUUUCUGUGGAUCUUUGUUUUGGUGUGCGUGACAGGAACCAUUGGCCUCUUUAUGCAGCCGCUGUUCAAGAGCUAUAACACACCCAGCAUUGAUGAUUUGUAGAGACGUACAGGCUUCAACUCAACAAACACAAAGCAACGGCACAUCAUAGUUGUUUAUUUUUGCUCCACUCCACAUCCCAGUCUUAGUAGCUGACAACCUAUUUAUGUUAACACAUGUAGAAAUUUGCAGGUAAACCCAACACAGAACUUCAAACCAGACACAUUUAAUAAGGAUUUGUGCCCUUACUUUUCACAGCACUUUACGGAAUUUUUUAUGACAUUAAGUCCAAGCACAAUUCUGGGCACAGAAUAUGAGCUGCCCUCAACAUUGACCCAAUGUCAAAACUGUCAUUCAUCCAUAAAAGUAGUGCCCUGGAGGGCUUAAUGCUCUGUAACGUUUUAUUGAACAAAAAGUGCCCAAAGCUUCAAAAAGCCCCUAGCCAACAGUCGCCUUGGUUGACUGUCUAUCAAGAAAGAGCAAAAUGUUUUUUUUUAUUCCACUUUUCCAAAACUUUUGAAGCAUUUGUGCAUUGGAUGCAUAUAAAUCAGCCAUGCAAAGGAACAGGCUAAUUCUAACUCACUAACAAUACCUAUAUACAAAUG